CAAACAUGUUUCUUCGUCAAAAGAGCUGAGUCCGGCACAGCUGAUCGCGAUCAUGUUUGUGUCGGUUUUCCCAAAGAGCACAAUUCAAAUUUGAUGAAUUACAGAGAGAAUAUUCCUUGGACAUUAACCAUGCCUCAAUAGCAAGAAAGGUUACAUUCACAUAUAUUAAGCUGAAAAACAGUUGCUUGGUGACGCGCGUAAAAACGGCACGAAAGUAGCGCCGUGUGCAAGUCAACCGUCACCAUAAUGAUCAUGACUGUAGUAGCGAGCCGGGUGAAAAUAUCAGGGGUGUGUGCAAAAUAAGGACGGUCGGAGUUUGAGGUCCCUCGUAAAUUUAGAAUAUUCUACGGUGUUUUCCUGACCACCUGACUGGAAAUUUCGACGUGCGCAUUGAUAGUGUGCUGAGGGAGAAGGGAAGGAAAGACCCAAUUGUGCUGGAGGGUAGUCAUAAAGAAGGUGGAUUUUAAGACUCAUCUGUGGGACGAACUCUGCAUAAACACACUGAAGCAUCUGGCUUGUCUGGUAGCGUGUCUACAAUUGAGACAGGUCUCCCAAGACGAGGAUAAAAUGGGGCGAUACACAGGAAAGACAUGUCGUCUGUUAUCCAUGCUGGUCUUCACAUCUAGUUUUUUCCUGGUGGAGAUCGUGGUUGGUUAUGUCACCAACUCAAUUGCCUUGGUAGCUGAUUCUUUCCAUAUGCUAUCAGAUGUGGUGGCACUGAUUGUGGGCUUUGCUUCUAUUCGAAUAUCAAAGUGGCCUUCCCGGAGCAAUACAUAUGGUUGGGUGCGUGCGGAAAUUGUUGGUGCUCUGUACAAUGCUGUGUUUCUCUUAGCUUUAUGUUUCUCCAUCUUGGUGGAAUCACUGCAGCGACUAGUAAAAGUGGAGGAGAUUGAAAAUCCCAAACUUCUGUUAACAGUUGGUGCUCUUGGUCUUUUAGUCAACAUUAUCGGUCUUCUUCUCUUCCAUGGACAUAUGCAUGGUCAUUCUCAUGGAGGCGAAGCAGAACACCAUAUUGAAGAGAGAGAAGCUUUAAUGGUCAAUGGAGCUGGAGAAAACAGUCCAUCAGUUACUGUGCAGAUAGAAAAUCCACAUGGUCACUCCCAUUCAAAGGGCAAAAAAAGAACAGCCUCGUCAUCUCAGAUGAAUAUGAAAGGAGUGUUCUUGCAUGUGCUGGGUGAUGCCCUUGGAUCCGUUAUUGUUAUUAUAAGCUCCCUUGUCAUCUGGUUUGCCGAGGGACAGUGGCGAUUCUAUGUGGAUCCUGCCAUGAGUAUCAUGAUGGUCUGCAUUAUACUGGUGACAACUAUUCCACUCUUGAAGCAGACGUCCCUUAUCUUACUCCAGACAGUGCCUGAGCACCUGGAUCAUGGUAUUCUCAAGACCAAGUUGGAACAGCUGGAAGGAGUUGUAGGUGUACACGAGUUUCACCUGUGGCAACUCACAAGCAACCGUAUUGUACUCUCAGCCCACAUUACCUGUCACAACAUGCGAGAUUAUAUGGCCAUUGCAGCAAGAGCUAAGGAAGUCUUUCACAUUGAAGGGGUACACUCCACUACAAUUCAGCCAGAGUUCAUAGAUUCCAUGUCAUCUGAAGGACUAGAUUGCAAACUUAUUUGUGCAAAGAAUCAGGAGUGUAUAGAGGACACAUGUUGUGGUACCCGCAACAAAGGCAGCGAGAAAAACAAGAGCCUACAGGAAUCCACUCCAUUAGCAGUAGCCUCAUCAGGAGACCAGACUGCUCCACAGAUAAAGCACAAUGCAAACUCUCCUUCUGGUGAUGAGGCCGUCACACCAGCAGAGCCAUCCACAGUAAGUGACAAUGCACCACCUUAUUCAUCUGACAAAUGAACACAGCUUCUGUGUUUGAACAAGAAUUCAUUUGGAUGAAAUGUGGAUCUGUGAAGAAGGAAAUCUUGAUAGUAAAUUGCUGUAUAUGUUGGUGGAAGGAGUGGGCAGCAGCAGAAUAUAAUCAUAAUCCAUGUUUCUAAGGAACAUAUUUUUUCGCUGCAAAACAGAAUUCAGUUAUAUUCUGGAUUGUUUAUUUCUAGAUUGAUGAAUUUUUGGCAAGAAAGAACUGAUGUAUAGUACUGCGUAUAGGAUGAGAAUGAAUGAGCAAAUGACUUUUUUUACAGUCUUGCAUUUUUUAAAAUGAUGAUGUGCAUGUAGCUGAACUCAAAAAUGGAAGGUGGAGAUUAAGAAAUUUGUACAGAUCAUCCAACAUCGUCUGCAUCUCCGCAAAAGUGUCACACUUGUUUUAUGUCUUAACAUAUCAAUUUGUACUGGUAUUCUCAUUUCUGUGAAACAAAAAUCAUUCUGAUGAACAGUUUUGUGCUUUAUUUUAUUUAUUUUUUUUUUUGCAUAUGAUGGUAAUGUUAGGGAUGGGAUAGAAAAUAAAAUAGUGUUUUGGUCGAUCUGUAAGGUUUGAGAUGGGUUGAUGGGAGAGUGAUGAAUGUUAUGUAGUGUUCUUGCAGUUUGUAUGUAUUACAGAUGAGGGAGUUUUUGUACACAUGUUCUUAUGGCAGAUAGUUUUUAUGUAAGAUAAACCGGUUAAUUCUGGUACUUUGUCUUGAUAAUUCUACCAGAAAAAAUACUUAAAAAGAAUAAUAAUUAUGGAUCAAGUUACUCAUAGCUUAAAUGGUGACAUGAUUUUAAUCAUUAGUGGUCACUCACAGCAUUCCAGACUUGCUUCUGGCAUGAAGAAGUCAUGUUUGUCACAUCCCAGUCAUCUGUUCAUAAAGUGGCCUCAUGAGGAUAGGACCUUACCCUCCUACAUUAGGGAGUAAGAGGCUGCUUUAGGUGCUGAUUGUUUAGCUGCCUCUACUCUUUCACAGUGCGCACCAAGGUCUGAUUGUAAGGUUUCAUAAGAUUUCAGGUGUUCAUAUUUUUGUGUUACCUCAGAGCCAGGGACCUGACACAAUACAUAUUCUCUGUUGUGUAAGACUUCAAAAGAUAUGGCUUUGGUCAUUUUGUUUACCAUCUGUACAUCACAUUUUGCAUAUCUGUGGUGAAACAAUCUUGUGAAAUGAAACCAAAAUGAAUUCUUCAGAAAGACAUUAUGUUUUAUAAAGCAUUUUCUAUUGAUGACUUUCCUUAGGCUCAAUUUGAACAAAGCAGAUCUUUAUGGAGGAAUGGGUAUUGGCCUGGUUCCAGAAAAGUGAAUAUAUGUGGUGUUAUAGGCUUUGUGUUAUAGGCAGAUGUUCCAAUUGGGCAAUCUAACUGUGAUGUUAGGUGAAACACUUCCACCCAGGCUGCAGAGAAACAUAAGCUUUUCUCAGACAACUGAUGAUGUUUAGAUUUCAGUCAAAGAUACCAACAAUAUAUUGUCAGCAUGUAUAAGAAAAAAAUCAAGAUCUUUAAAGUUUCAAACCCAUGUGUUUUGAGCUUUUCUUGCAUUGAAUUGCAUUAUUAAUUGCCUGUGAUAACUGGCCUUCUUUUGGUUUUCUGUAGCAGUUGUUGAUGACUUGGCGUAAAACUGCUAACUUCUUUGCACUUGUUAUAUGUCACAAUCACUGUCAUUCCUAGCAGAGUAAGCAUUGUAUCUGGAGGUUUUAUUUUUCUCUUUUUCGAACUGUAAAACACGCUAGAAUGAAGAUAAUAGUAGACCAGCUUGCUGCUACUACAGAUCAAUGGUUUAAAAUUUUGUCGUUUGAUUCUAAUAGCCAGGUAUGCAUGAAAUUUAAAGUAUUUAAAAAAAAUAAUAAACAAUAAACACGAUAGGAAAUAAAUCAAAAUUAUAAUUUAGGUUUGAAGUUAGGGAGCAGAAAUUGUUCCUGCCUCAUUCCAUUGUUAACUUACAUUUCUUUCAAAAGAAAUUAGGUAUGUCAAAUCAUGAUUCCAAAACGAAAAUGUCAGUACAGGCUUACGAUGAUCUCUGCAGUGUUUGAUCCUCUAUAUAGUGUGGAUUUUAAUUAUCCCGCAACAUGAAAUAAACAAAUGUAAAAAACUCAUUAAGAACAAACUGUCAAGAAAAGCCUAAAAAAAAGUUGCUUCAUAAAGUGGUCUUGUAAAGGUUAGUCAAUAUAGUUUUUGUAUAGGUAGACUCAAGGAUGUAACUGUGGAGAUCGCCUGAGGAAUAAUUUUCUGCAAUUGCCGUUAAUGGCAUUGUUGGUUGUUUCCUGGCGGUAUAUUAGAAUUUUUUAACUCCAUUGACUGCCUUUAGAAAAUGGCAAGUCAGAGACCAGAGAUUUCAUGUCUAUCUUCAGUGCUAAAUACACUUAAACUUCAUAUAUAUGCAACACUUAUCUGUGUGUUUAGGCUUCUUAUGGGUCCUCCCACAUAUUUUUGAUAUAUAAACUGGAUUUUCUUGUGAUGGGGCCCAGUUUGGUGUGGUAGCCUACUUCACAACAACCAUUUUUUAUCCCAUUUACUUACCUUUAUGGAUAUCUGGUUGUGAAAAAAAAACAACCCAAACAAGUUUGAAGGAAAUUCAGUGAAAAAAAAUUGAAUUCUACAAAUAUUUGUCUAUGUAGAAAAAUAAAAGCUACAAUUGUACCUUACAUGGUUAUCUUUUCAUAUUAAAAAAAUAAACAUUCAUGCGUCCAGAGAGGAAGACCUGUGGGGCAUGACUGGUGAGAUUAAAAACUAUUUCCUCUUUUUUGUGAAGAAACUGGUCAAUGGAUCUUAACAUAUUCAGUACAAAUUGACACCAUUGAGCUGUAGCUAUGAAAAUACUUGCAUCUGUGGGCAUGAACUAUUUGGGAAGAGUUAAGGGACAGGAUGACAGUAUGCAAGUACUUUCAGCAUUGUCUGUCAUCACUGUAGCUCUUGUCACCAAGUAAAUUGAAACAUAGCUAGUGCCCAUUGUAAAAAGGGGCCUCAACCAUUCCCUGUAUUUCUAUGAAAACUGGCACAUCAACAUCCAUGGGGAUUUUGGUGCACAGUGCAUUGGCUUUCUCUUCUUCCUCCAAUAGGAGUUUUUUUACUGUCCAUCCUAGCUGUAGUUUCUUGCAUGGAGAUUGUAAGUUAAGUGAGUAGUUGUGGCUAUUCAUUCUUUCUGAUGUGAGCAAGAUGCUGAUAGUACAAAUGAACAGUUUGCUUAACAGUUGACUUGGUAUACAUUAUCAAAAUUUCGUUCAUGAGCUGUUGCCCCCACUCAGCCUGUUAGUAUGUAUAACCAUAAACCUACAGGGACCUGUGUGUGUGCUUUAGAGAGAGAGAAAGAUGAAUGGGUAGAUUACAGCUUACAACUUUCUUCACGUCUAAAAAUUGUGUACACAUUGCCUGAAGAAACAAAUUUUAAGGACCUGAUGAAGGAAGGGGAAUGGUUUUGCCGACAAACCGUGUAGUUUGUUGUCACAGACAGUAGCUUUGCAUUUUUCAAGUUUCAAUCAAAGCUCAACACUGGCCAAAAUUUAGUCUCCAUCUUUGAGGAUAUGUGUGGUUUGUCAGAAGCCUUGCCUGUACUUUGUAUAUCCCUAUUUGCUGUGAUCUUUCAGGACAUCUUUUGUUUUUACAGUGUUUUAUUCAGAGCGAUUUUGUUUAGAUGGCUCAUACUCCCAGACAAGUGUGUGUUUACUACUUUUUCUCAUUAACAAUUUUUUGGUCAGAUCCCUGCCUGUACUCCUCAGCAUUCUGUUAUGUUCUCCAUGUUUUCAUAACAUGUUAGUAAAGUGAUAUUUAGUCAA